UAACAAGCGCGCGCAGUUUAGAGCCGCGCCUUACUUUGUCUCGUUGUAUUUACAUGUCGCGUUACUUCUAGUCACUUUCUGCCUAUUCCCGGCUAUUUAUUUCUUACAAAUGUAUUGGAUAUAAUACUUAAAUAGUGUUCCUUCAUGAGAUUGAUUUAAUUCCUUCGUAUUCGUAAUGUUUUGAAUUGGUUCAGAUCAUAAUAUUCAGGAAAUCAAAUCGUGUUUGUCUGUUUGUUGGAAAUAUCAUUUAAUUGGCAGAUUGAUUCUAUUGAAAUGGUAUUCAAUUCUCGUGAAUUCAACAGAUCUAUUCUUCUCUUUAUCAUAAUCAUUUAUGUUAAUUAUGCUAUACAUAAAGUAACUGCUGAAAGUAUUCAACAAUCAUCAUUAACCUCAUUACAAAAUAAUAAAUUCAAGUAUUAUUCAAGUAAUACUAUUGAUCAUGAUAAUGUUGAUUUGAUAAAUGAAAAAGUGAAUGCACCUCCAUUCCUGCUAAAUACGGAUAGUUUAAAAUCAUGUGAAUGUUGGAAAUGGCCAAGUUGUGUUACUAAUUGUACCUCCGGCACAUUAAUUCAAGUUAUGUGUGAUAAACUACGUUCAUCUCGUUCAAGGCUAAGCAAUUUCGGGACAUCGUGUAAAGAAAGAAAAGAGGCCAUCCGUCAAGUGUUCUUAUUCACCAAUCAUUUAUUGAUUACAGCUAGAACUAAUAAUGGAAAGUUGAGAUUAGUUAAAAACUGUGGUAAAAUUUCUCUGGUUGAAUGUACGCUUGUCGAGGACACUACAGCGGAAUUAUUCAAUAUGGAUGAUGAAGAUCAAACAAAUCUUGGAAAUGAUCAAAAAAGUCAACAAGAAAAUGGUUCUCAUAUGACAAGAAGUAAUAUCGCCCCUCUGUUAAGUUCAUCCCCUUUAAAUACAAACAUUAACAGUGAAUUGCAUUCACGUAAUUCAUAUCCCGCCAAUAUUUUACAUGAUCCCAGCAGCCAUCAACAUCAACAGCAUCAACAUCCUCAUCAAUUACACAAACGUUAUACAUGCCCUGAUUCCACUCUAAAUCGGAAUACACCUGUAAAUAGCUCUUAUCGUGUUGAUCAGCUGCACAGGUCUUCUACACCUCUGUCUUCUACUGGCACUGGCGGAAUAACGCAGCAGUCAUUGCCGACGACAACAACAACAACAGCGUCAACGACAACAUCUGUUUCAUGGUUACCAUCGCUGACAGUUCAGCAUAGACAUUCUGCAUCGUUGUGCACAUCCUCAGCAACAACAACAACUGGUGACAGUGAUGUACAGCAUACUACAAUGAGAAGUUCUAUCAACCAACCUGCGACUACCAUUAUCAGUAAUAGUGGUAUCACUUUCACGCCUAUAUCGAAUAUGUCUAAUGCGCCUAACAACACUGUACAAACUCGUAGUGGUUCAAAUGUUAGUUAUUCAGCAACGGCGAUAACAUCAGCAAUGCCAACAUCAGCAACAACAACGACGACACCAGAUAUUAAUGUUGUUAUGAGUCCUACAUCCACGCAGCAUCCAACAAGUCCAUCAUUUUCAAUGUUACACAGAUUUAGUAGUAAUAUGGGUCUGCUGAACUCUUUGAAUACAACUACCACUUGUAGUAAUACAGAUAAAACAGACUACGGGAAUUUGGAUUUUCGCUUAAUAUGGGAACCUAAAAAUGGUCAACCGACAAGUAUAUGGCUUGUUGCAUCAACACUGCAAGAAAAAGCAGCUUGGUGUUCAGAUAUCAGUCAAUGUAUUGAACAAUUACACUAUGGUGAUAUUUUGAAUUCAGCUCAAUCGGAUGUCUCAUCAGUAGCAAUGCCUCAAUCUAUCCGAUCUGAUCCGAAGUUGUUUAAAGAUGAUGUUGACAUUAAAUUCAGUCAUACAUUGAACUCUUGUAAAGUUCCUCAGAUUCGAUAUGCAACUGUUAGUCGCCUGUUGGAUCGUUUGACAGAUGCUAGAUUCUUGUCAAUCGAUUUUUUGAAUACAUUCCUUCUUACCUAUCGUGUAUUUACUACUGGUCUCUCGGUGAUAUGGUCAUUGAAUCAAGUAUUGGCGAAUCCAGAUGUGGAGAACAGUACUGGUUCGAAUAAUAGUUCAAUGGGUCAAAAUCAAAACCAAUCCUUUACUUAUUCUCAUUUUGAUAAUCCUGAACCACGUGACCCGUUGAGUAUGCCAAGGCCGUCAGAAAUUUCAUUGACAACAACAAAUACUACUACGAAUCGAUUGCCAGUACUGGAAGAAGCUGUAAACAGUCGACUAGAUGAUACCUCGCCUAGUCCUAAUUCAAACUCUCAGACAGACGAUAAUAGAUGUGAAUUACAUCACAGUAAUAAUACGGUCGAUGGUAAUUCAGACGUAUUGACAACAACACAACAGUCAUCCAGUAGACUGGAUCAGACAGCGACAACGACAGCGACUAAUACUGAGGUGUCUAACGCCUCCGCCGUCAGUACAAUAAAAUCUCAAAAGAAGCUACUUCCAAGUCCAAUAUCUACCUCAGAUAUGCAUCAAUCACCUAAUGUAUCAUCAGGUCAAGAAUAUAAUCCCGGUUGUAUGAGUCGAUCAGAGAUUGGAGAUAGUCGUAGUUUUUUCUCAGAGAGACAAUCCUGUAAAAGUUUCAUGAAUAGAAGUUUCCACUCGUCAUCAUCAUCAUCAGCAUCAACGUCAUCAACAACAACAACAACAACAUCAGCGCCAGCAUCAAUGGCAGUCAAAAGUCCUAUAAUUAACACAACACAAUCGACAACUGUCCUCAUUCCUCGUUCACCUGUAUAUAGUACACUGGUAGAUUUACGAGAUGAUCCACCGCUGGAGUUACCUAUCCUUCCUAAUCCUAAGACGUCGGAGAAAAAGCAACAACCUCGUGAAAGUAAAGAUACAGGCAAGGAGACAUCUUCAUCAACUCCCAUAUCGUCUCACGAUGAUAUUGAUGAAGGCACUGGUACAGUGAAAGGACAUGCACGUUUAGCACCAUUAGCUUCAUGUGAAGUAAUUCCAGAUGAAACAGAUCCAACAAGCAUUUCAAAACAAGAAUCUGUCAAAGAUUUCAAAACUUCUUUAUCAUCUAAAGAGAAUAUCGCCAGUCAUGAGGAUAGUUGUCGGCAUGAAGCUAGUGAGAACAGUAUAACUACUACUACGACUACCACUCAUGUUGAUAAAAUAGAUUCUACAUGUGUACAUAAUACAACUACUGGUCAUUUAGACAUUCAUUUGGAUAAAACUGAUGGUUUAGUAAGUCAAGGCGAAAUCCAAUCAAAUGUUGAACAUAGCAAAGAACAGCUAAGCGGUGUAAGACGUGAGAAAAGUGAAGAUGAGACACAUUCUUCGAAGCAGAGUGAAUCGACAAAUACAUCGAAAUCAGAUAUUGAAAUCUCUGUGUCAUAUGAAAAUCAGCCAAAGGAAUAUUUAAAUUAUGCGCCAAUGACUAAAAUCAAUACACAAAAUAUUGAAAGUAGACAUUUUAAACAAACAACAGAUCAAUUAUCAAUUUUAAAUAGUCAACAAUUUAGUCAUAGUUGGACAACAAUUAAUCGUAUUGCAUGUAAAAAUGAUACCGACGACUACAACGACUGUGACGAUGAUGUUGGUGAUGACGAUGAUGGCGUUGCAGAAGAUGAUGCUGCUGUUUACGAUCAUAAUGAAAAUGUCACACACAGGGGGGAUAACACUGACAGUAGAAUAAAACAUGCGGAAGAUUGUCAAAAAUUGAAAAAAUCUCCUUUAUCAGUAACUAAUUUAAAGGAUAAUGAUAGAUUGUUGGAGAAUUAUUUAAAUCAAACUGUUGGUUCAUCAUUGUUGGCCACAGAGAACAAUUAUGAUCGACAACCUCAACAGCAACAACAGCAACAGUCAUCAGGGAAUUGUGAGAAGGCAGUUAGUGAUGAUAAUACACCCCAAGAUAAAGACAGAUCCGAGUCAAUAAACUGUACAAAUCCCGUGAAACCUGCAAAUUCAACAAAACAACAAUCAACAGUGAAUUUCAAACCUCAUCCCCCCAGUCACCCGUCACAGAAAUACUUCCCAGUGGCUGAAAGUUUAGAUUUAGCUACCCGGCUGACAGCAAUUACAAAAUCACCUAAAUCAUUCUCCGCUUGCCAAUCACUCGCCAAGCAUACAAUGAUUGCAGCGUUAAACUGUUCUCGAGCAUUUACCGGUUUACAAAAAACAACAGCCAAUGAGAAUCGUAGUUCUGACGCCGGUGUAAACAGUAGCAUACAGUCGAAAUAUUUAGAGGAUAACUAUCCAGAAUUUAAAGAAAUCAUCCGCUCGUCGCCGUCUAGUCCGAAGAAGUAUUCAGAAGGAUCUGUGAUGAAGAAUAAAAAUACAAAACCAAAUGUAAACAUUCAUGAUACUUCACAAACACAUGAAAAUGAAAAUAUCAAGAUAUCUCCAAAGUUUUCCACUGACAGUAGAACAACUCCUGAAAUUAUUUCAACACGUGAAAGUCAAACAGAGGCUAGACGAUCUGUUCCAAGUUUCAAGUCCAGUAGACCUAUCAGUUCAGUUGAAGUAAUAAGACAAAAGAAAACAGAUACUGUUGUAAAUGAACAAUGUAAACUUGUACGUAAAACCAACAAAGGACAAGAUUCAAAUAACUCAGAAGAAGGUAGACACCAUCAAGAAACUCUUCAGCCAUUAUCGUCUUCAACAAAUAACAAUAACCAGACCGUACCAUCUGAUAUUAUGGUAAAAGAACGACAGGAUUCAUUAAUCCCACAUCAGUUGGGGAUUGGGGAUUGUGCCAGGGGAUCUGUUGUAUCUUGGUCUGGUGUAUCACAUAUUUCCAAGCCUAAACGUCCUUCAGUUUUCUCUUGUCCUGAAGCAGAAUUUGAAUCCCCAAGAUCAAGUGUUAUUCAUCCAUCGUUAAGUGAACUAGCAUCGAACAAGAGAACUCGACCAGGUGCAGUGGUCACUUCUUCAAGAAGAUCGAAACGACGGUCAAGCAAUACUGCAGCUGCUCAAGCCUUUGCUGUCGCCACAGCCGGCAGUGCAAAUCCCCUAGCUGCUGUCGGUAUCAUGGGUUUAGGCCCGAAUCUAUUUCGUCCGGGUGGAUAUCGUUUCUCUGCAGGUACGGCAACAGCUGCAGCUGCACAAGUUGGUCUCCGAUCAGGAUCAAGUUCUCUUUCAGGCAGUAGUACGAGUAUUGCUGUCUCAUCGGCGGGGGUAACAAGUCGUUCCUCUGGUCAAAGUACUUCUAUUUCAACUGGUGCCAAUAAUCCAGUGUCACAAUCAGCAAUGGGAACGAUGACGACAACGACGCCGCCGCCGCCACCGGGAGGACCAACAUUAACCAGCACAGUAAAUUCAUCGUCACUGGUUCAAACAACACCACCGACAGUCAACACAGCUUUGCGUUAUAAUAUUGGCAGGAAUGGUUUGAAUACAACAACAAGUAAUCCGUCAGUAUCAGCAAGCAAUACAUUCAGCUUUCAUUCAUACAAUCUAACAAGUCCAACAUUAAUCCAACAUUCAUCUGGUGGUGUUGGUGUUCCCUCGGGGACAACAUCUCAUCAUUGUACAAAUCAGGCUAAAAGGAAUACAAUGUUGGCUACAGCAUCAUGUCUCCGUGUGUUGAAUGUUGUAAGACACUGGAUAACUAAAUUUCCUGAUGAUUUUCAAAGUGAUUCAGUUUUAAAACGUGAAAUGCAAACCCUUUUGGAUGCUCUGGUCACCUGUCCACAUUUAAUGCCAAACGACCAAAAAGUGGCUGGUCAAUUAUUACUUCAAAUGAUCUCUGAUCAACUGGUACAUGAUAGAAUUGAUCUCGAUAGUAUAUUAACUCCAACACAGAUCCCAUCAGAGAAGAACUUCGAUCAGUUGUCUGCGCUGGAUAUCUCUGAACAGUUGACAUUCUUGGAUUUUCAAAUAUUUCGAUCGAUAAGAAGCGAAGAAUUACUCAAUCAGUCUUGGAUGAAAUUGGACAAAGAAGAGAAAGCGAAGCAUGUCCUGUUGGUUUGUAAACGUUUUAAUGAGGUCAGUCGUCUAGUCGUCUCCGAAAUUAUAUCCCGUACAGAUUUAAACGACAGAGUUAUGUGUAUUGACAAAUGGGUAGCUAUAGCCGAUAUCUGUCGAUGUAUGCAAAAUUACAAUGGUGUACUACAAAUCUGUGCAGCUCUGGUGAAUAGUUCUGUCUACAGGUUGAAAAGAACAUGGGAAAGAGUUAGCAAGCAGACGAAACAGUCAAUUGAUCGACUGCAAAUGCUUGUGGCUUCAGAUGGACGAUUCAAGUCAAUGCGUGAAGCAUUGCACAGAUGUGAUCCUCCAUGUAUCCCAUAUUUAGGAAUGUAUUUAACCGAUCUAUCGUUUAUUGAAGAGGGUGCUUUAAAUAUAACUGAGAACAAUUUGGUCAAUUUUUGUAAAAUGCGUAUGAUUGCCCAUGUGAUACGGGAAGUUCAACAAUAUCACCAGACUCCAUAUCUUAUAACUCAUAGACGAGAGGUAACGGAUUAUUUACUUGAUCCAACACGGUUGCUAGAUGAAGAACAAACCUAUCAAGCAUCAUUGAUUAUCGAACCAAGACAAUCAAUUAAUCGACAACCACCAACUAGCCUGUCAUAGUCAAUUUCAUUAACAAAACUCUCCAACCAACUAGCUAUAUGAACAGUUCUCAUCGCAGAUUGAUUUUCUGUAUACAUUUAUGUAAAAAUUUAAUUUAUAAAAUAGCAUGUAUGAACUUAAAGAUGAACUGUUUUUUCGUUAUUUUGUUUCUUAUUUUCUGAUGUCUAUCAAACACAAACACACACACGCGCGCGCCAUUUGGGAUUCCAGCAAACUUUGUAAUCUCUUUCUCUUUAUUCUUUCUGUGUACUCCCCCCUACCCCUC